GCUCGUCCUGAGGCGGGCGGAGGGAGUGUCUGCUGGGUGUUGGGAGCAGUCUGACGUCUUGUUAGUGUGAAUGACUUAAAAAAAACACUCUGACAACAGCUCAGCAGGCGAGACGAUCACGGAAAACUGGGGAACAUUUUCUUUUGUAGCUUCUUCCCGCUUCCUCCUUUCCUCAACCUGUAUGACUGCGUGAAGACCAAAGCGACUCAGCUAUGGAGAGCUCUGUUGAGGUUUCCCAGACUGGUAACAUCUCAAGCCCCAAGCCUUCUCUUGCCCCCAAACCCCGGCUCGCUCCCAAGCCCUUCUCCCUGCAGAAGAACACCACCAUCCGCUCCAUUCACGCCCCAAAGUCAGUGGCUGCGACCUCCAAGAAAACAACACAGCAGACUGGAAAAUCUGAGGCCACAGGUGCUCCCAAACCGACUGUGACCACCCCUGCUCAGAAACCCCCUCAACAAACCACCACCUCUGACUCCAAACCCAGCUCUGUGAGUGUGCUCACCAAAGAUCAGCCAAAAACAACCAAAGAAAGCAAACCAAGUCCAUGUGGAGAGGAUUCUCUUGAUUCCAGCGUAGGAAAAUCAGAACCAGCCUCACAAACCGCUCCACCCAAGGAGACACCCAAGUCUGAGCCAAUCCAGAAAGAUGAUGUCAUCAAAGCGAACCACAAAGCGUCCACAGAUAUUGUAAACUCAGAACAGAUAGACAGGAAAAAGAAAGAAACUCAGACUUCUGUCGUCGAAAAACUCGAAGAAUCAGGAAGUGACGUUUCCUCUGCAGACACUCCAGAAUAUCGAUGGGGCAGCAGCAGGAAUCGUCUGUCCACAGAGCUCAAAUCCAAGUUUGAAUCAGCUGGCCUAUCUCUGCCCCCUCAGCCAGCUGUAAUUACAUCUGCAGCCACCGCCAAAGAUGAUGCAAACAAGCCUUCAGAUCCCAAGCCGAGCCACACGACAUCAGAGCCGAACAGAGAGAGUGAAGCACCAAAGGAGGAUUACAGCGGAGGAAACAGUAUAAAACGCAGAAUCAGUCUCCUGUUCGACUCGUCAUCGAGGCCAGAGGUCAUGACAAAGAAAGAGGAGCCAGAAGUUAUAAAUGGUACAGAAGGUGUAAAGGGUGUAAAGGAGAGAAUCAAGAACUGGACCACGGAAACAAUCUCAGACAGUCCCAAGGCGGAGAAAAAGCCUCAGGUUGCGUCCCGACCUCCCUCUAAGAGCGUUGAACCAGCAGCUGUUCCACCAGCAGAGAAAAAACCCAAAAUGCCGCCUGUUGAACCAAUUGCAACCGUGACAACAUCCAGUCCGGCAGGGGAUCUUCCUUCAAAGGUCUCACCUGCUGAACAAGCCACAGAUACCCCAAUGGAAACAUCUAAAGAUGCUGUCAUUGAAGAGACGUCACCAGAAAGCUCUAGAGAGACAUCAGGAGAGCAGAUGCAGAACAAAUCAACAGAGGGGGAUGUCCAGUUACGCAACCGCAGCUCAUCUGCAACUCACACCGACACCGAUGAGGGAGGCUCGGGUCUCAAGAGGGACAACGUCAAACGGCGUUCUGUUCGCUUCGGUAUCGUGGAGAGAGAUGAUGGCGGGCCUCCACUGAUCCUGGGCUCAGCAUCUGAUUCCAGUGAAGAAGAAGAGGGAGAAGAAACUGCUGAGGAUGAAGCUGAGGAGGACAUCCCUGUUUCAGUGCCAGUCUACAGAAGAGUAGGAGGUCUUCAGAAGAAAGACGAAGAGGCACAAAAGCAUGAAGAGGAACGAUUGAAACAUUUGGAAUUUGAAAAAAGACGGAGAGCAGAGGAGACCGAAGAGGCCAGACUCAAGUUGGAAGAGGAGCGGAAGCAAAAAGAAGAAGAAGAAAGGGUGAAAGAGAAGGCAAGGCAGAGGGAAGAGGAGGAGAGAGAGACGCUGAGGAAGGAGGAAAUGGAGAGAAGCAAAAAGGGGGAAUGGGAGCGAGAAAGGUUGAAAGAGGAGGAGAGGGAAAGGGAAAGGAUGAGAGAAGAGCAGAUGGAGAAGGAAAGACAGAUGGAGCUGAUGUGGCAGAAACAGAGAGAAGAGGAGAGAGAGAGGGCAAAACAGAAAGAGGAAAGACUUAAACAUGAGGAGGAGAGGGAAAAGGACAGAUUGAAGGAAGAGGAGAGAUUGAGGGAAGAAAAAGAAAGACAGAGGCUGAGGGAGGAGCAGGAGAUUCACGAGCAUGAGGAUCACAAAUUGGAGGUAAAACUGAGAGCGAAGGGAAUAAGUAAAGCAAAACUACGAGAGGAGGAGUGGGAAAAGGAGUGGGUGAACAAGACGGGGGGGUUGACAGGAGAAGAAGAAGAGAGGGAAAGAGAGAAGGAGUUGGAGUUGAUCUGGCAAAAGAAGAAUGAGGAGGACAGGGAGAGGGCGAGACAGAAGGAGGAGAUACUCAGAGAGGAGAGUAGCAAAGAAAGGUUAUUAGAGGAGAUGAUGGCAAGAGACAGGGAGAUGCAAAAGAGACUGAAAGAGCAACAAGAAAGAGAAGAAGAGAUGGAGAGAAUGAGGAAAAUAGAGAUGGAGAGACAGAGAGAGGCGAGACUCAGACAAGAGGCGCAAGAAAAAGAAAGACUACUAGAAGAGGCCAAGGAAAGAGAAAAGGAGAUGCAAAGGAGGCUCAAAGAGCAACAAGAAAGAGAAAAAGAGAUGGAGAGAAUCAGGCAAAUAGAAAUGGAGAGACUCAGACAAGAGGCACAGGAGAAAGAAAGACUACUAGAAGAGGCCAAGGAAAGGGAAAAGGAGAUGCAAAGGAGGCUGAAAGAGCAACAAGAAAGAGAAGAAGAGAUGGAGAGAAUGAGGAAAAUAGAGAUGGAGAGACAGAGAGAGGCGAGACUCAGACAAGAGGCGCAAGAGAAAGAAAGACUACUAGAAGAGGCCAAGGAAAGGGAAAAGGAGAUGCAAAGGAGGCUGAAAGAGCAACAAGAAAGAGAAGAAGAGAUGGGAAGAAUGAGGCAAAUAGAGAUGGAGAGGCAGAGGGAGGAGGAGAGAAGGGAAGAGGAACGGAAGAGGCAGAUAGAAAAAGAAAGAGUGGAGGAGCUGGAGAGGAAAAUGCAAGAGGAGUUGGACAGGAAGCGAGCUCAAGAAGUGGAAGAGAAGCUAAGAAUGGAGGAGGAAAGAAAAAGGCAGAGUGUGUCGGACGAAGCAGAGCCGAGUUUAAUCAGCUUUGACUCUGAAGACGUCCCUCAGAAGUCACCACUUUCACCCCUCAGGCCCACAGAGAAUCUGCUUGAUGUUGUUUACGAUGACUUCUCCGUCAAACCGUCUCUGAUGGAUGUGGAUUUUGACGACUUUUCCGUCAAACCGAGGAGGCGGGGCACGCAGCCCAAAGCAGAAAGUAGGCCGGUCAUCCAGAGUUGGGAAGCUGCCUCUGAGGAUAAAGAGGAAGUAGAAGCGCUGGUGCCCCUGGAUGUCAGUCCGAGAGAAUAUAGAGUCCGAGAGCCGGUGGAAAAACCACCCAGCCCAGAGCCGACACCAGCCCGGGAGGAGCCCAAGCAGGAGGAGGAACAGCUCAUCUCCAUGCAGGUGGAGGAGGAGGAAGAGGAGAAGGAGAGGGAGGAAGAGGAAGAGGAGGAGACAAGGGAAGAUGAAGUGGAAGAAGACAAGAAGGAGGCACCAGUUAACAGUUACAGCACAAGCACUGAAGACACUGAUGCUCUGAUAGACGAUGAGCCAUACCAGCAAAGUGAGGCCUGUGAACAGACACCUGAAAUUGACAGCUCUCUCAGUCCAAAGCCUGUCCCCGACCAGGCUCCUGAAGUCCCCUCUGAAGAAGAUACCACUGAUUUGAACAGAGAGCCUGAGCUGCCUUCAUUCCCUGAGAGCUCCACUCCUCUCCUCGACACCAGCGCGCAGAGAUCGAAGGCAGAUCUGGGUAAGAGACGCAGUCGAUCGCGUCCGUCACGCUCUGUACGGGGAUUUUCAGCUCUAAAGGAAAGCCCGGACUGGAGGACCCGAGACUCCACAGAGGAAAAGGAGACAUCCUCUAAGCAACAGGACUCGGACUCCGAUGAGGAGCAGCCGAAAUCGAAGAUAGUCUGUUCUCCUCCCACCACUCAGAGAGUCCCCAUGUUCCCCGGUCUGAGCCCUGCAGCCUUAAUUGCUCAGUUGAAAAAGAGAACAGGUGGAGGAGGAACGGGAGGAGAGGAACCAGAAGAAGACAAGGGAAGAGAAGAGAAGGAAAGUCCAAAUGAGGAAGCAGCACCAUCUCCCUCGCAAUUAUCACGCUCUCCUCGCUCUGCCUCUCACCUUGCGGGGGCUGCACGAGUGCUGCCGCCCAUAGGGGGCACGGACACAGGUGCCGCCUCCUCUCCCGCUUGGCUGAAAGAACUGAAGUCUAAGAAGCGUCUGAGUCAGUAUGACGGAGAGGCUUAACCAGACACAGGAGACACCAUGCUAUUGCUGUUCAGCAAGAAUCAAAUCCAUCUCAGCCGCUGCUGCUGCUGCUGCUGCUAACAGACACUUUGCCAUGAUUGCUCCAUUUUCCACUUUGAGUGCCUUAUUUUGGACCUUUACUGAGAUACGCAGGAGGGGAAUGCAGGCUUUUGCAGAAUGUAGAAACCAUCAAGAACUGUUAUUGCUUGUCAAUGAAAUAUGGUGCCAAGGCUAUGUGCCAAGAUUGUGAUGUGUUAAUGCCAAGUACAUGUUUUAUCUACUGCUGUACCGAGGCUCAAUGGAGGUGGAAUACCCCGAUGUAAUUUAGAGCAAAGCCAUGGAGUGUCUUAUUGUUUGAAUGUGUUAGUCCAUCAUAUACUGACAGGGACUGAUGACACUAGGCCUUCAGCAAGGUAUCUACCUUCACACAUACACACUCAUGUACAGAAAAUACUGAAUAUAAAUAAUGGAUUGCACCAUGUGUGUCUUUAGUAUAAAUUGUACAAAAUUGCCUUUUACAUGUUCUUUCCAUCACAGAUCAUCUCAAGUAAACCUUUAAGCACUUUAAGAAAAAAUUAUAAUAAAGUACCGUCCAUGCAGUACAUCUAAGCAAUAGAAUAAUCAGGUACCUAACAUGGUCAGGGGAAUCUUUUCUAUUUGUUCAUCAUGAAUGUCUUGUCUUCUUUUUCCCGUUCCACAAAACUCAAAAAUUCACUUCCUGGUUUUAUUAAGAUGGGAACAUGGGGAACAGUGAGCUGGGAGGAUUUUUUGCUAUCAGAGAAUCAGGAAGUGUGUUUUAUAAUCUUAACAUAAAAAAAAUGCAAUUAUCUGCUCUAGAUGCUUUUAUGUGCCUUUUUAAUGUUAAAGAGUGACUCAUCGAUGCUGUAAUCAUUUAUGAUCAACAUACUGUAUGAUAAGAAGAAAUUGAGGGAAUUUUAUUAAAACCUUUUUUCUAUGAAA